AUGUGCCUGCACUGUAUAGGGGAUGAAAGCACCCAAGUUAACCCCGAAGGACCAAGAAUUUCUCGUCCUUCAGAUGUCACUGAAAGGCAGUCCAUAAAUAAACGUAUUCAGACUAUGAAAACCCUAAAGAAAGAGAAGAGGAAACUUAAUAAGCGGUUUGCAAAGCCCGCUCCUGUUCCAGAACCAGGGCUCCUAAUGGUUAUUCAGACUAGGCCUGAAAACAUCAGAAAACUCUACACCAAACAGACUGGCCAUAAAGCUGGAGCCUGUAUGGAAGAAAUCUGUGGAUUUCUGACACCAAGUGGCAUUUCCAGGUUUUACUCCAUUUGA